AUGUGUGCACAGAACAGAGAAGAGAAACUUCCUUCACUUUAUAGAGCUCAGUGUUGUGACAGUGUCAAGAGGAGACACCUUUUCAUGCUGCUCGCACUUCGUUAGAAUAAACUGCAAGAUUUAUCAGGCAACCAUGAGCCGUGGAUCUAAAUCUAAGUCAGAGAAUGCCCACAGCUUGCUGCUGAGCCCGCAGGAGAAUGAGAAGUUGGAGGAGCUGCUGGGCAGAAGGUGUGCUUCCUUGGUCACUUCAGUAGCACAGCUGUUCAUGGCUCUGCCUCACAGUCCAUCAGUGUGGAGCUUACAGCACAGUGGAGUGGUGUGCUUCGUCAAAGACAACCCGCAGCGCUCCUACUUCAUACGCAUGUUUGACGUCAAGACAGGAAGGCAGAUUUGGGAGCAGGAGAUCUACAACCAAAUAGUUUACUACUCCCCACGGUCGUUCUUUCACACCUUUCCUGCAGAUGAUUGUCACGUGGGACUGAACUUUGCCGAUGAGAAGGAAGCAGAGGCCUUCCAAAAUGCUGUCCGGGACAAAAUCAGUCAAAGAAACACCCGCCAAGAGAAGACAGAGAGGAAACAGCGCCCCCUGCCACCUGGUGACAGAGGUGCUCUGCCUCCGCUGCCACCUGAAAAAGCAUCAUCUGGUAGCCCUGGAUCUUAUCGCAUGGCUACUGUGGACAUACAGAACCCAGAUAUCCAGUCUUCACGAUACCGCUCGAUGCCUUCUCCCGCCACUCUGUCGCCUUUGAGCAGCAAAGAUAAGAAAAAGGACAAGAAGAAGAAUAAAAAGGGCCCCAAACUUUCCAAAGCAGACAUAGGAGCACCCAGUGGAUUUAAACACGUUUCUCAUGUCGGAUGGGAUCCCAACAAUCUUGACCCUGAUCUGUUGAAUGUGCUCUCCAAAGCCGGGAUCGGUGAGGCGGACAUGAGAGAUGAAGCGACUGCUCAGCUUAUCUAUAAUGUCAUCGAGCAGUCUGGAGGCAUGGAGGCGGUAAAAAGGGAGCUGAGCAAAGAAGCUUCUGGACCUCCACUCCCUCCACCCAGCAGAGGCUCACUGCCUCCUCUGCCAGGCUCCAGUCCCUCCGCCCCGACCCCCCCACCUCAUCGAGGCCGGUCUGGACCCCUGCCUCCCAUCCCAGGCCAGCCACAGCGAGGGUCCCCGACUGCUCAUCCAGCCACAGCACGUGGAGGGAUGCCUCCCCCACCACCUCCAGCCAACAGAGGUGGUCCUCCACCACCACCACCACCUGUACACUCUGUCCCCUCACCUCCCACCUCACAUUUCUCCCACGUCUCAACACCUUUGGCCCCCCACAACAUGCCUCCUCCGCCACCACCGUCUAGCCAGCAUUGCUCAAUGGGCUUCCCAUCUCCUCCUGUCCCGUCUACACCCAGCAGAGGGGGUGGAGGCCCACCACCUCCUCCUCCCCCUCCUCCUCCACCACCUCCGCCUUCAAAUUUCCCAACACCACCACGUUCUGUAUCAGGUGGGCCUCCGCCACCUGCCCCCGAAUCCAUUGGAGGAGGAGACGGCAGAGGAGCCCUGCUGGAUCAGAUCCGACUGGGGAAGAAACUCAGAAAUGUGCCAGAUAGUGUGGAUGCUGCAGCGCCUACAUCUCCAGGAUCAGGUGAGGGCAUCGUUGGUGCUCUCAUGAUGGUCAUGCAGAAGAGGAGCAAAGUCAUCCAUUCAUCUGAUGAAAGCGAAGACGAGGGCGGAGACGACGACGAGGACGACGACGAAUGGGACGACUGAUAAAAGGUUCUCGUUUUGUGUGGAUCUUAAACCUGUGAACGACUGAAUGCCCGAUUUACUUGUGAAAAAAACAAACAAACUGCGUAGACGAAUAAAUAAAACACAUCAUUCAAUAUAAAAGGA